CUUUUUUUAAAAAAAAAAAAAAUGUUUUUUCUUUUGCCCUUCUUCAACCCAACCCCUCCCUCUCCCUCUCCCCCUCUCCUUCUAUUAAAAGUAAUGAGAAACCCCAAUUCUCGCCAUCUACAAAAAUACCCAAAAUCUAUUGCACACAAAUAACCUUUUCUUUGUUUCACCAGGAAAAAGAACAGAAAAAAAAAAGGACAAAUCCUCCAACCUACCCAUUCUCAUUCAAAACACCUAAUUCCCACACCCAGCUUUUGCUCUUGCAGAUAUUUUUCCUUUAAUUUGAAGCCGGAGGGUUCUGAGGAAGUUCCGAUUAAUAUGGGAGCGGAAGCAUUGAAGAGGUGGGAUACGUGGCAGGAGCUUUUAUUAGGUGGCGCCAUUGUCCGCCACGGUACCGGUGACUGGAACCUCGUCGCCACGGAGCUCCGGUCGAGGAUUGCUCGUCCGUACCUCUGCACUCCCGAGGUUUGUAAGGCGAAAUAUGAAGACUUGAAGAAGCGUUUCGUUGGAUGCAAAGCUUGGUAUGAGGAGCUUCGACAAAAAAGAAUCAUGGAACUAAGACAGGCUCUAGAGCAUUCUGAAGACUCAAUAGGGUCAUUGGAAUCAAAGCUUGAAGCUCUUAAGUCAAGGAGUGGAUCAGACAAGUCUCUUGUCAAUGGCUCUACCAGGUCAGAAUCUUGGGGAGCUGUUCAGAAACCAACCAAUGAGCAAUCUGCCAGUAGCUUCACGCAGGAAAACAGGACGACCUGCAGUUCAAUCGAGUGCCAGCCAGCUCCAUUGUUGACUGAAGAGACAGAGAUUAAACCAGAACCAUUGCAAUCUCUCGAAUGGGGAAAAUCCUUGAGAAUUGGGAAGUUGGGAGAGGUAUUGUAUGAAAACCAAGGAGGAAUAAUUAGGAAGAGAUCAAGAGGGAAGAGAAAGAGGAAGGACUGUAAUAGGGAAGUUAAGGAAGGAAGUAGUGGGGAAAAUAACUUGUCUGAAUCAGCUAACCCUUCAACUGUUUCACAGUCUAAAGAAAACUCAUGUUGCAACUCGUUUGAGGCACGUGAAUCUUCGGAUGCAAAUGAAGCUAGCAGAAGCUCAACCAUGGAUGGUGUUGAUGUUUUAAUGGCUCUUUUUAACUCUGUUGCAGAGGACAAAAGUGCCUCCGUAUUUCGUCGUCGCCUUGAUAGUCAGAGGAGAAGUAGAUAUAAGAAACUAAUCAGGCAACAUUUGGAUAUUGAAACAAUAAGAUCAAGAGUUGCAAGUCAUUACAUAACGACUAAAAAGGAGUUGUACAGAGAUCUGUUGUUGCUUGCUAACAACGCACUCGUCUUCUACUCACGGAAUUCCCGGGAGCAUCAGUCUGCAGUGUCGCUCAGAAGACUCAUUUCAAGUACAUUUCAGAAGCUAAUGAAGAGCUCUAGCAAUAUGGUAGCUCAUAACACCCCCAACCAGAGAACACAAACCUGCGAUCUGAUAGCGAAACCGCGUCGUUCGCAGCCAGCUAAACGUAAUGAAUCUCAAAGAGAAGCCAAUCCAGGAGAUGUUAAAACUCCAAAUGGAAAUAGAAGAAGAAGAAAUAAUAGUUCUAAUCCUCCUUCCUCAUUGGGGUUGUCAAAGAAGGAAACUUCGACUUCUACGCCAAAGAAAGCCCCUGGUGGGAUAAGAAAGGCUGUCGGUGGGACAUCGAAAAGCGAACGAUCUGCAACUGGCAUCAGGGGAAGAAAAAGAGGGAGAACGAAGUAAAUGGUAAAAUUUCAAAACUGUUUCUAGAUAGAUUCUCAGGCUAGAACUUGUAAGUUGUAAACCAGGUAGGCUGACUGAGGCUUUAAGAAUGUUUUUGGCUCUAGUAGAAAAAUUGGAAAGAUAAUGGGAAUUGGAUAACUCGUCCUGUCUUAUUGUUUGAUGGGAUUGAUUUUUGUAUUUGUUUCAUAAUACAAUUUGUUCUACAGAAUGUUAAUUUCCAUGAAAAA